AUGGUUCUAAGACAUAGAGAAGACUUGAACAAUUCUGAGGUGAAUAUGGUCAUGUCACUUCUAGGAAUGUUCUGUCCAACUUUAUUUGAUGUCAUCAGCAGCCUUGAAAAUUAUCAUCCCCGAAUCGCUUUACGGUGGCAGCUGGGACGCAUCUUCGCUCUUUUUCUGGGCAACUUGUACACCUUCAUUAUUGCUCUCAUGGAUGAAAUCAAUCUCAAGCUGGAAGAAGAGAAGAUUGUAAAACAGAACAUGACAAUCUGGCUAGCUAGUUUGUACAAUGGAACCCUGCCAGAAAACAUCACAACUCCCCCUGUUCAAGUCAACCCUGCAGAUGUUCCCAGAGGUCCUUGUUGGGAAACCAUGGUUGGUCAGGAAUUUGUGCGUUUAACAAUCUCUGACACUGUGACAACCUACAUCACAAUUUUAAUUGGGGAUUUCCUAAAAGCCGUUUUUGUCAGGGUAUUCAAUCACUGCUGGUGUUGGGACUUGGAAUAUGGCUUUCCUUCGUAUUCAGAAUUUGACAUUAGUGGAAAUGUGCUUGGUCUGAUCUUCAAUCAAGGCAUGAUCUGGAUGGGUUCUUUUUAUGCACCAUGUCUUCCUGCUAUCAAUGUUCUCCGCCUCCAUACGUCUAUGUACCUUCAGUGUUGGGCUGUGAUGUGCUGCAAUGUUCCCCAUGAAAGAGUCUUCAAAGCUUCAAGAUCCAACAACUUCUACAUGGCGAUGCUCUUGUUCAUUCUAUUCCUCUCGACUCUACCCGUUGUCUAUACCAUUGUAUCCAUCCCACCAUCAUUUGACUGUGGUCCAUUCAGUGAGAAAACCAGAAUGUUUGAAGUCAUCGGAGAAACUCUGGAGCAUGAUUUCCCUUCCUGGUUUCAGAAGGUUUUCAGUCUGGUCUCCAACCCUGGUGUGAUCCUACCUUUCAUUCUUCUGAUGGUGCUGAGCAUCUACUAUCUCAACGCUACAUCAAAAGGAUAUCAGGCUAUGAAUUUGGAGCUCAAGAAGAAAUUGCAAAAUCAAGCAGAAGAAAACAAAAGGAGGAACAAGCAAAAAGCUCAGCAACCACAGGACAAUGAAGAAGUCUCUGUUGAGACUCAGAACAAUCCCAAGGGAGCCCAAGAUAAAAACAAAGCAGAGAAGGAGUCUAAGAAGAAAUCACCUCAAGAGCAGGAAGAAAGAUCUGGUGUGUCCAAUGGAAACCUUUCCCCACCCUGCAAAGGAAGAGGGGGUAGACCCACACCUCCCCCCCACAUAGCAGUGACACAAGCACCAGGACUUCGAGGCAAAGGCAUGAAUGGCCACUCUGGAACUCCACCCGGUGGAACCUUUCAGCCAAGGAUACCAGGAUCACCUCAAAAUUACCAAUAA